GAAUCUUUUAAUUGCAGGUUAUACUGGCGACAAACAUGGCUGAAUCGUCUGUCACUAUUCCAGGAGUUGCUUAUGUUAUUGAUUCCUGUAGAUCAUUGCAAGUCUACUGGAAUCCAGUCAGGAGAAUUAACUCAGUUAAGCUUGUAUGGAUUUCCAAGUCCCAGGCUGAGCAGCGGAAAGGCAGGACAGGCCGGACCUGUGAUGGUCAAAUUUUUCGCUUAGUAACAGAGCCAUUUUACAACACCUUUCCUGAUCAUGAAAGCCCUGCCAUUUUAAGUUUAUCCAUAAGAGAGCAAGCACUCAUGAUAUGUUGUGCAGAGUCCAGAGCUAUGAAUGACCCCACCGUCCUGCUGCAAAAAAUUCUCAAUCCACCAGAGUCUGCUGUUAUUAAAGAUGCACUAGAGACUCUUGUUCAAAUUGAUGCGGUUCAGCCAGCUUUGAGUGGAGGGUAUCAGCCCAGUUUUUAUGGCUAUUUGCUCAAUAGUUUGCCGUUAUCGUUCCAUGCUUCUGUUCUUACCCUGAAAUUUGGUGAGAUGGGGUAUCUCCAUGAAGGAAUCCUGAUAGGCAUUAUGUUGGACAUCCAACCACUUCCUAUACUGCAACCUUUUGGUGAUCAAGCAUUGCGCAAGAAGAUUAGAGACAAUUACUUUGAUGAGGGUAGUUCUCAACAAAUUGGCAAGAAGGAAGCUACACUCAUCGGAAAUCUUCGGGCAUUUCAAUUUUGGCAGUACAUGUUUAAGGAUAAGUUUCAUCUGGAGUACCUGAUAAAUAUAGCCAAGAACGAAGAAUCAAAUGCAUCUGGGCCCUUGAUCUUGAAAAAUGAAGAAGACUGGUGUAGAUUUCACAAUCUCGUCCCGAAAGCACUUAACAACAUCUCUGAAAUCUAUGAUGAUAUUAUGAGCACACUGCACCGCUUUAGGCCUCCUUUUCUUCAGAAAAUCAUUCCUCCAAAGUACCUUCAGACCUUUGAUUUCCACCAUGCAUGUCGUGACCCUGAAUUGCCGGAGCCAGAGCAUAUGCCUUCAUUCUCGUUGGAAGCUGAUAAUUCUCAUUUAGAUUCACAGCGGAGGUGUGCUUCACACCCAUAUAUUUCCGCAACUGAUUUUGGAGCCACUGACAUUGUUAAUGGCCUGAAGAAGGCUAUCAAAGAGAUGAAAAUACAACUUGCAGACGAACAAGUUGUUGGUAAUGCUCAACCAGCCUUUGGAGGUGAGAAGUGGGUGGAGUAUGUUAACAACACUUUUGAGGAAUACAAAGGCCCUUUUAACAAUUCAGCUGAUGACCCCAAACCAGCAUGCAAGUUCUUCCUCACAUUAAAGGGUUGUAUAAAGGGCAGCUCUUGUUCAUUUCCACAUGAUUGUGACUCUUUGAUCUCUUCAUCAGUUGCAUCUAAAAUAAACCCAGAAGAACUACCCUGGCGUGCUGACAUAGGUUGGACACAGUUGCUGACUAGAGGUGAAAAUGGUCACAUUCUUGUCGUGAAUGACAAAAAUCUGAAGUUCUCUCGUGAACUUCGUAAGAUAGUUGCCCGCACACCUUAUCUGCGUUCGGCUGAGCAUAAUGCAGUUGCAAACAACCUCAGCAUAGUCCUGAAUGUCCCUGAUCCUUCUCAUCUAACUAUUGGAGGUGAACAUGAACUACCAGUUCCUUGGACGAAAUUACAGCGGAUUAUUUUGUUAGAUGAUUAUGGUUCUGGUGAAGCAAUCAGCCACCAACUAUUGCAGAAGUUCUUUGAGUAUAUUGCCAUCAAGAUCUUGCCGGAAACAUUAUCUGGUUUGCAGGUCAUCGUGAUCAUGAAUAACACAAAAUUUGUUAAGAUACAGGUGGAAAGAAUGGCAAGAGAGUGUUUCUUCUUUCUGGGUGAAUCAUUCCUAUUAAAUGGAGUGCCCCUUGGAUGGUUUCCGUGCACCCGUCAACAAGAUGGGCGAGUAGCAGGACCAGUUGCUUACGUUUUCAACAUGCAUCCUCCAUCGGCACGGCGAUUUUGCGACACAGGAGAACUGAGUGCCAAGUCCUCUGCAGAGACUAGUUAGGCCAGUCUAGGUUAUACGCAUAUUAAUAGCUACUCCCAGGUCAAAUCGUUUUGCAAGCUGGAAGCUUGUACAGAAAUAUUAUGGCACACUAGCUACGAUGGAUACGGUAGGCACUGCGCUGCGACUGCUAACUUGGGUUUUUAUGUCGUCGCUGCUCUAAUUUUUGUUAGAUGUCCAAUUGGCAUGUAAGUGCCUUGAAAGUUGUUAUAUGUUCAUUUGGAAAGUGCCUCCAAGGCAUGGAGCCAUGGAAUCCCACUCUAUGUGAUAAACCAUUAUAUAACUAUGUCAAUUUGCUUUUU